GGUAGAGAGAGAGAGAGAGAGACACAGAGAGAGAGAGAGACACACAGAGAGAGAGAGAGUUAGAGUAGUAGAGAGAGAGAGAGUUAGAGUGGUAGAGAGAGACAGAGAGAGAGACACAGAGAGAAACAGACAGAGAGAGAGAGAGACAGAGAGAGAGAAACAGAGAGGUAGAGAGAGAGAGAGAGAGUAGUAGAGAGACAGGGAGAGAGUGGUAGAGAGAGAGAGAGAGAGCAGCAGCACGCGCUGGUCUCGGACUUCCGGUCAGAACUGAUCACUGAUCGGUUAUUUUUCCUAAUCGAUUGACCGGCUGCGCUGCUGACGUCACGGACCCUCCUGUCGUUGAUUGGAUUAAAUGAUCGUUAAAUAAACCGUAACGUUUCCUCGGCUCCGGCAGGGCGCCACCUACCGGCGGCGGCUAGCAUGGGUUUCUACGGGAGCCUGAAGCUCAUCUUCUGCAAAGUGAAGAGGAAGUUGGAUCUCGGUCCCGACGCUCGUCCGUUUCCUUCGGGGAAGAAACACUGUAAAGGCGGCGGAUUCCUCAGGCCCCCCCGUCUGGUUCAGGUCACGCCCACCACCUUCGGCGACCUGCGACUGGCCAAUGGGCAUUCAGCUCAGAGGCGGCGGGUGACCUCGGGUCCGCCCCCUUCCGGCCUGCAGGACUGGCUUCACACCUUCCAGAUGUGGAGUGGCCCUGAGAGGCUACUGGCUCUGGAUGAGUUGAUUGACAGAUGUGAGACCAAUCAGGUGAAGCACAUGAUGCAAGUGAUCGAGCCGCAGUUCCAGAGAGACUUCAUAUCCCUGCUGCCCAAAGAGUUGGCCCUGUAUGUGCUGAGGUUCCUGGCUCCCAGAGACCUGGUGCAGGCGGCUCAGACCUGCAGGUCCUGGAGGAUCCUGGCUGAAGACAACCUGCUGUGGAGGGAGAAGUGUCGAGAGGAAGGUAUAUCAGAGGGCGUGGCCUCUCAUCGCAGGAAGUGUGGGGGGGCGGCAGUUUGUCGAUGGAAAUCUACUUACGUCCAACAACACCAAGUGGAGAACAACUGGAGGAGGGGCGACGCACGGGAGCCCAUGGUGUUGAAAGGUCACGAUGAUCAUGUGAUCACUUGCCUCCAGUUCAGUGGCGACCUGAUCGUCAGCGGCUCCGACGACAACACGCUCAAAGUGUGGUCGUCCACCAGCGGCAAGUGUCUGCGGACGUUACGAGGUCACACCGGGGGGGUGUGGUGCAGUCAGAUGGCCGUUGCCACGGUGAUCAGCGGCUCCACCGACCGAACGCUACGCGUGUGGGACGCAGAGAGCGGAGAGUGUGUCCACACACUGAGAGGACACACAUCCACUGUGCGCUGCAUGCAUCUCCACGGCAACCGCGUGGUGUCGGGCUCUCGGGACUCGACCCUGCGUGUGUGGGACGUGUCGAGCGGGCGCUGCGACCACGUGCUGACCGGACACGUGGCCGCGGUCCGCUGCGUUCGGUACGACGGACGCCGUGUGGUGUCGGGCGGCUACGACUACAUGGUGAAGGUGUGGGACCCAGAGACAGAGGCGUGUCUACACACACUGCAGGGACACACAAACAGAGUGUACUCACUACAGUUCGAUGGCGUGUUCGUGGUGAGCGGCUCGCUGGACACGUCGAUCCGAGUCUGGGACGCACACACAGGUGGGUGUGUCCACACGCUGACCGGCCACCAAUCACUGACCAGCGGCAUGAAGCUGAGAGACAACGUCCUCGUGUCCGGAAACGCAGACUCCACCGUCCGAGUGUGGGACGUCCGGACGGGACAGUGUCUCCACACGCUGGAAGGUCCUAACCAGCACCAGUCUGCUGUGACGUGUCUUCAGUUCUGUGGAGAACUGGUUUUGUCCGGUUCUGACGACGGGACGGUGAAGCUGUGGGACCUGCGGAGCGGCGCCUGGCUCAGGGACGUGGUGGCGCUGCGGAGCCGAGGAUCAGGGGGCGUGGUCUGGCGAAUCCGAGCGUCCGACACCCGGCUGGUGUGCGCCGCCGGCAGCAGGAACGGGACGGAGGAGACCAAACUCCUGGUGCUGGACUUCGACGGGGACGACACGAAGGACGAGACGGACGGGGGGGGCGUGAACACUGCGUCUCCUCAGUGAUGUGUCCUGAUUGGUCAGAAGAGGCGGAGCAGGAGCGUCGCUGAAGAAAAACUGGACGACUCAGCGCGUUGAGAGAGGCAGCAACCAAUGAGUGUUUGACCAACAGGAAGUGGAUUAUCAACAGGAAGUGGAUUAGUCUCCAAGACGGACCUCGGAGGAGACAUUUGGACGAAUGUGAUUUAUCGUCAAACGGAAACAUUCACGUAAUGAAUUUACCAACCUGUAUCGCUGCUGAACCAAUGAGGUCGUCACUGUUUAAACCGACCAAUCCAAAUUUACCAAUGUUGACUUCUGGAGACGCAGGUUCAGACAGAAACUCAUAUUUUAUUUAAUCAACACGACGAGUUUGGGGAAAAAAACCUGGAGCCGUUUUUCAGUAAACGUUGUUUUCACGUCAGGAAAAGAUGAAACUGACGAAGCUGAACAUGAGACGCACGUUCACGUCAAAACUUUCACUCCAACUUUAUAUUUGUCUUUCGCUCAAAUCAUCAGAAAAUGUUUUUAUUUGAUUGUUUUUGCAGUUAUGGUUUAAAACCUACAAACAUUCAGUUUACAAUGAAGAAAACUCUCUAAUUGAUUAAAAUAUGUUCAUGAGUUUUAUUUAAACAAAGAGCCGAUCAAGUUGCAGCAGAACUUUUAUUUAAAUACUUUUACAAUUAAAUAUUUAAACACGAGAUUUUUAUGACUCAACUUUAAAUUUCCACAAUGUGAAUUAAAUUUGUUUCACAGCUAAUUUAAAUAACUAAUAUUUUGUCUUUGCUUCCACACGACACCUCUCUGAUGAAAUAUUAAUGAAUUCAUUCAAAAACAACCAAGCAGAUAUUAAUAGAAUAAGCUGCUGUUGCCAGGCAACACGAUGGCCAAUGAGCACAGAUGAUUUUUAGCGUUGCAGGUGUGAGAAGUGUCGACGUCCCGAUGAUGUAAAUAACUGUAAAUACAGAGGAUGUAAAUAUUCAUGUUUUAUAGGAAGAAAGCUAAAAUAUCAAUAAAGACCCGUUUUAUAAAA